CCACUCCGCAGUCCCAGGCGGCCGGCUACUCAGUUAGUCAGUUGCACCGCGGUUCAUUCGGAACAAGUCGCUGUGACACGCUAGCUAGCAUGCAAGGACAAUUCACGUAAAUGGCUCUUGUCAAAAGGAAAAUAUAUCAGCGUUUGCUGUUCUUUGCCGCUUUUCUUCCAAUCUCAGGUAUUUUUUGCUUCAGCGAGUUAUUUUUCACGAAGGAGCCCCACGAUGUGACGGUCAUGCGCAAAGAAGCUGUCAUUCUGGACUGUCAGGCACACGGAGAGACGCCCAUUGACGUCCGAUGGCUGAGAAAUGGAGUAAAAGUGGUGGAGAACGAGCGGGUCUACCUGCUCUCGAACAGCUCGCUUUACAUUUCCGAAGUGGAAAGCAGACGAGGAGACAAAUCAGAUGAAGGCUUCUAUCAGUGCCUUGCCCAGAACAAGUACGGAGCCAUCCUCAGCCAGAGGGCCCGGCUGACAAUCGCAAGUAUUUCAUCGUUUACAAUCCAACCAACUUCCAUUGUGGUAACCGAAGGAUCAGUUGCCAGAUUUUCCUGCAGAAUCAGCGCGCACCCUCCUCCCAUCAUCACUUGGGAAUUCAAUCGGGUUACAUUACCCCUCGCCACUGAAAGAAUCACAGUCCUGCCAAGUGGCGCUCUUCAGAUUCACGGGGUGCAGCGCACAGACAGUGGCAAUUACCGCUGCGUCGCCACCAACAUCGUGAACCGGCGACGUAGCAUGGAGGCCAUGCUCACCGUUAUUUCUGCUCCUAGCCCCCGGCAGCCCCAGAGGCCACGCAUCAUAGCUGGGCCGCAGAACAUCUCAGUGUCGACGCAUCAGAGCGCCACUUUGGAGUGCAUUGCCACAGGCAACCCCCGACCUAUCAUCUCAUGGAGUCGAGCAGACAGCAAAUCUAUUGACGUCUAUCACACCAAAGUGCUGGGAAAUGGUAACCUCAUCAUUACGGACAUCAAGCUCCAGCACAGAGGAGUCUACGUGUGCCGAGCCACCACCCCUGGGACACGAAACUUCACCGUCGCAGCUGCCAACGUUACCGUACUUGCACCGCCUUCUUUGGUUGAGUGGCCAGAGAGCCUGACGCGUCCCCGUGCCGGCACGGCUCGCUUUGUGUGUCAAGCUGAGGGGUUUCCAACGCCUCAGAUCACCUGGCUCAAGAAUGGAGAGAGAGUGCACUCCAACGGUCGAAUUAAGAUGUACAGCAGCAAACUGGUCAUUAACCAGAUCAUUCCUGAGGACGAUGCCAUCUAUCAGUGCCAGGCUGAAAACGAGCAGGGCUCUGUGCUCGCCAUGGCAAGGCUCAUCGUGGUCAUGUCAGAGGACCGCCCUAGCGCGCCGAGAAAUAUCAGAGCGGACACCGUGUCGAGUUCCGCCAUCUUGCUGGCUUGGGACAGGCCGCUCUAUAACUCCGAUAAAGUUAUCGCUUAUUCUGUGCACUACAUGAAGGCUGAAGGGUUAAACAAUGAGGAGUACCAAGUUGUUAUCGGAAAUGAUACAACUCGCUAUAUUAUUGAUGACUUGGAGCCAGCUCGCAACUACACUUUCUAUGUGGUGGCCUACAUGCCCAUGGGAGCCAGUCGCAUGUCUGACCACAUGUUUCAGCACACGCUCGAGGAUGUUCCUCUCCGCGCGCCCGAGCUCAGCCUCACUAGCCGCAGCCCUACCGACAUCCAGGUGUCGUGGCAGCCCCUCCCUGACAAGCUGAGCCGCGGCAGAGUCUCUGCCUACCGUUUGUCGUACCGAACCAGCGCUGAGAGCUCAGCCUCUCAGAUUGAGCUGCUUGGAGAAAAGACACAGUACCUCCUUGAAAAAUUGCAGCCUGAUACCAUCUAUCUCCUGCGAAUUGCUGCGGCCACCAGUGUUGGGUGGGGUGAGCAGUCAGCCUGGACCUCCCACCGCACCCCAAAGGCAUCCAGUGCUCAAGUUCCUCUUUCUCCUGAGCUGCAUUUGGAGCCCUUGAACUGCACCACAAUUUUGGUGCGCUGGCGGCUGGCGCAGAGAAAUUUGGCCAGCGUACAAGGCUACAAACUCUUUUACCACGAGGAGAGCCAGUCUGAGAGCGCCCCACUUCAGCUGCGUGCCUCGGAUCACUCACACACCAUUGGAGGCCUCGACCCACGGAAGAAGUACCACGUGAAGCUUCUGGCUUACAACUUCAUUGGCGAUGGCUACCAGGCAGACCAGACGAUCAGCACCCCCGGAUGUGUCUCUGUCCGAGAUCGCCUGGUGCCGCCUCCGCCACCACCUCAUAACGUGUACGCAAAGACCAACAGUUCGUCGACCAUUUUUCUUCACUGGGGCCGACCGGCCUUCACCUCCAGCCACGCGGUCAACUACACCGUCCGAUGCAAUCCCAUCGGCUUGCAGAACGCCUCCCUGGUGCUCUACCUGCAAACGAAUGAGCAAAGCCUUUUCGUGCGAGAUCUGCAGCCUAACACCAAGUAUGAAUUUGCUAUCCGGCUUCAUAUUGACCAGCUGUCCAGCCCAUGGAGCCCCGUGGUCUACCAGAGCACUUUCCCUGAGGCUCCCACGCUGCCUCCCACCAGCAUCAAAGUGACUCUGAUCGACGAGGACACCGCCCUGGUUUCAUGGAAACCCCCAGAGGAGGCCAAUCUUUCUGUUACACACUACACAAUCCUGUAUGCCUCCAGAAAUGAGUGGCUCACCGGGGAAUGGCAGGUGGUGCAAAGAGAAGGGAGUAUCACCAUGGCGUUGCUGGAGAACUUGAAGCCUGGCCACUUCUACCUGGUGAAAGUGUCGGCGUCCAACAACAUGGGCGAUGGGCCCUUCUCUCACAUGGUGGAGCUGACAGUGCGAGCAGAUCCCUCCUCUGGUCACGACCCUCGGCUCUCGCAGGGCUCCCCACGGUCCAAUGUCUUUUCCGAUGGCUUCUACCACCUAGACCAAAUGUCAAUGACAGGCAUCACCGUGGGGGUCUCCAUUGCACUCAUGUGCAUCAUCAUCUGUGCUUUCAUCAUAGUAUGCAGAGGCAAACACAGGAAACAAUCAGCCAUCAAAAUGCACAGAGAAGGAAGGAAUUUGCCCGCCUCUACUGCAGGACGCCCCGGCUCACAGGGCCAGGCUGAGAACCCUGACGUGAGCGUUGCCGUGAUGAGCCAGAAUUAUUUCAUCGAUACCAAGGGUGGAACAAAUCUCAUCAUAAAUUCCCUUGGUCCAGUUCAGUCCAGUGCUGAGAAGAAAAGCAAAUGGUUUUCCUUCAGUGGCCAUGGCAACAAAAGCGGUAAAGAGGUGCAGAAGACAAGACGCGGGACUGUUUCCUACCAGCCGGGCUCCACUGUACUGACCUUCAAAGAGGAACUGUCGGUCCCCGCAGAGCAGCCCGCCUCACCGCAAAGUCUGCUUGGGCAUCCCGUGGAUUCGGAAGGGUCUUCCAACAGCGAGGGCAGCCACGCCACCACAGACUCCGGUCGCUUCUCGCAAGACGAUACGGAGAUGAGCCACCUGUCGUCUGGUCCGAGCAGCCGCCAGUCGUCCGUGACGACGGCGGAGGACAGCGGUAGCAGCGAGGAAGAGGAACAAGCUUGUCGUCUAGCCCGGGACGGUCAGACGGAUUUGAGGUUGGUGGAGUCGGUUGAGGAUCUCUGCUGUCAUCAGGAAGCCCAAAGCGCUCGGCCUCUGCUCUCAGUGUGUGAGGUUGUGUGAGUAUCUUAUGUGUGUGGAUAACGAAAAGCUAAUUGAGCAUUUAUUCCAUAUCCUUGAUAUUUAGCUUCAGGUUCAUCAACUAGUACUACUUGACAAUUCAGUGCACUAGUAGAAUCUGUGUCUGACUAAGUUGCUAGUAACAUUUCUAACACGAGUACUGCCUACUAGUACGUAGUAUGGCCUUGAGGUCUAUGUACUAAUAACCACUUUGCAUUCACUAGGAAGAUAAUUCAGCGCACUAGUGUAGCAUUUCAAUUUUGGAAUACCGGUACUUCGAAGGAGAAUUAACAAGUUACUAGUGAGGCAAAAUUUGGCAGUACUUGAUAUUUGGGUGUUACUUGUAAUAUCAGCGAAGUUCGAGUUGAUAACUAGUAGAUUUUAAUGUCACAAAACGUACUAGUAGCGUGCAGUUGUCAACUCAUGCAGUUUUGCCUCGCAUGUAGUUGGCCUAGUCCGAAAUAAUACUAAAGUGGAGGGAAGUGCAGUGCACCGCGCAAAAAUAUCAUAUAGUCGUGGAAAAAUCAUGAUUUGUAUGACACUAACCACUAGUGCACUGAUAUGUCUUGCCAGUGAAGACAAAGCAUGUACUAGUACAUGGAUCCAAAGCGGGAAAUCAUUGAUAUUGAGUAUGCUCAAAGCGCUUUGCCUGUGUGUGUGCCUGUAUGAGACUUUUUUUUUUUCAAACCUUCACCCUCAAGCUUGCUCAA